AUGUCUGUGCAGGAGUGCCUGGGUCUCAACGGGCAGUUUGUGGGGACGUCCUGCGGUCACCACGGGCCCUACACCCCGGAUGUGCUCUUCUGGUCCACCAUCCUGUUCUUCUCCACCGUCUUCAUGUCGGCGUUCCUCAAGGAAUUCAAAACCAGCACAUAUUUCCCAACCAAGGUUCGCUCAAUGAUCAGCGACUUUGCAGUUUUCAUCACCAUCCUCACUAUGGUCAUUCUGGAUUACGUUGUGGGUGUGCCGUCGCAGAAACUCCAAGUACCGAGCAAGUUCCAGCCGACUCGGGACGACCGCGGCUGGUUCAUAAACCCCAUCGGGCCUAACCCCUGGUGGACGGCUCUGGUAGCUGCGAUCCCCGCUCUGCUCUGCACCAUCCUGAUCUUCAUGGACCAGCAGAUCACCGCCGUCAUCAUCAACCGCAAGGAGCACAAGCUACUGAAGGGCUGUGGGUACCACCUGGACCUACUCAUGGUCGGGAUGAUGCUGGCCGUGUGCUCGCUGAUGGGACUGCCCUGGUUCGUGGCGGCCACAGUUCUGUCCAUCACCCACGUGAACAGUCUGAAGCUGGAGUCGGAGAGCUCUGCGCCCGGAGAGCAGCCGCGCUUCCUGGGUAUCCGUGAGCAGAGACUGACCGGACUGAUGAUCUUCCUGCUCAUGGGCUGCUCCGUGUUCAUGACCGGAGCACUGCAGUUCAUCCCCAUGCCCGUGCUGUACGGAGUCUUCUUGUACAUGGGAGCCUCCUCUUUAAAAGGCAUUCAGUUCUUCGACCGGCUGAAGUUGUUCGGGAUGCCGCCCAAGCACCAGCCGGACUUCAUUUACCUGCGACACGUUCCUCUGAGGAAAGUGCACCUGUUCACGGUCACGCAGCUCACGUGUUUAGUGCUGCUCUGGGUCAUCAAGACCUCGCCGGCCGCCAUCGUCUUCCCCAUGAUGGUUCUGGCCUUGGUCUUUGUCCGUAAGCUGCUGGACCUGGGUUUUUCGAAGAGGGAGUUGAGUUACCUUGACGACCUGAUGCCCGAGUGGAAGAAGAAAAACCUGGACGACGCCACAAAGAUUAAAGAGGAGGAAUCUGAGAUUAUGAUCGAGUCUAAACCCGAGGACUCGACGACGGUCCAGAUCCCCAUGGAGCCGUGUAAAACGCAGCUGCAAAAAGCCCACGACCCCAGGUGCGACCCCUCCGACAUUAAUAUCUCAGAUGAAAUGUCUAAAACAACGGUGUGGAAAGCACUCAACUCACACCACAAAGAUCCCCAGGGCUGCAAAAAGGCAAGACGCUCCUCUCUGCUCCUCCUGUGUGCCUCCUCCAAGAUUGAAGGGAUCGCGUUCAUAGACGAGUAA